CCCGUGACUGUGAUUAUUUAUUGGAUGCUGAAGCUGACACAGAGAAAAAGAAAUAAGUUGUAAAAUGAAUCCAUCGAGUGUCUCACUAAAGGGAGCUGUGAUAGUACAUUUUGUUUUAACAAUAUGGGCAUCAAUGAGUCAUUAUUUCUUACCAGAUUCCUAUAUUUACAUGAAUAUGUUUGUACUGCUGAUUGGUGUAUUUGCCAUUGUGAUGAAUGAGUCUGUAGAUGCAGUUUUUAUGUUCUUAUUUUUCCACUGUUUUACAAUGAUACAAGACAUCAUAUUCCUGGGUGUCUUUGAACCAAUGGGACAUGAUUAUUUUGAGAGACCUGACAAGGAUGCGAGGGAAAAGAAUCUGUACAGAUUUAGCCUUGGAAUGUGCAUUUUAAAUUUGAUUUUAAAACCAGUGACGGCCAUAUUGUUGUACAGAAUCUGGCAGGAUAGACAAGGCCAUGCAUUUGAUCUGCCUUUUAACAUUCCUGGAAUUCCUGGAAUGGGUAACCAACAUGAUAGUAAAUAUGAAAAUAUAGACCAAUCAGUGCCAUCCAGUAACUAUGUGGAAACUGCAUCAGCACCUAAAGGAAUAGAUGAUCCCCAUGUUACCCCUUGAAUCAUCAAAUCUGUGUACAUCUUAAAGCUUUUUUUGUGCAAUAAUUAAUGAACCUUUAUCAAUAUUUUUGCUCUACACUGUAGAGCUACUGCAUAGAAAUAUUUGCAAUUUAAAACAAACAAAAAAAAUAAGAGAAAAGGUUGUCUUUAGAGUUCUGGUUCUUAUGAAAAAGUUGUGAAAAAUAUUCUCAAAACAAUUGCGACUUAACUGGAUAUUGAAGUAUAACAACAAAAGAGAAAAAUAAAUACCAUAGCUAUUUAUCUAAUAUAGACCAAACAAUUUUUUGGUUUGUUUUAAAUCAAUAAUUUUUACAUGUAUUUAUAUGUGUCCCUAUUCACAAUUCUAAUCAGGUAUGGGGCAAUACUUACAUUUUCUUCAAUUCCUUUGUCCAUAUUGUGAACCUGGUUGUGUACGAUUGCUUGUAUUUCAUGAAGCUGAGAAUUUUUCAAAUGAUUAUAUGGUUUGAUUUUUGGAUUAUCAUAAGAGAUUAAUUUUCAAACAUUUAUUGCAUCCAGAAAUUUGUUUUUAUGCCCCACCUAUGAUAGUAGUAGGGGCAUUAUGUUUUCUGGUCUGUGCUUCCGUUCGUUCGUCUGGCCGUUCAUCCAUCCAUCCGUCUGUCCCGCUUCAGGUUAAAGUUUUUGGUCACGGUAGUUUUUGAUGAAGUUGAAGUCCAAUCAACUUGAAACUUAGUACACAUGUUCCCUAUGAUAUGAUCUUUUUAAUUUUAAUGCCAAAUUAGAGUUUUGACCUCAAUUUCACGGUCCAUUGAACAUAGAAAAUGAAAGUGCGAGUGGGGCAUCCAUGUACUAUGGACACAUUCUUGUUUGACCCUUUUUUGAGUGGAAAAAUCUCCAUUUUUAUACAAGGGAACUAUGUAGCAAACAUUUUAUAAGGUCAAUGUUUGUACAUCUUUAUUUUAAUAUCCUCUACUGUAAAAAACAGGCCUACUAAAAGUUAAGCUUUGUCAACCUUGAAAAUAGCAGCAUGACCGUUAUAAUGGGGCAGUGGAUUUUUAUUUACAAACCAUGCCUCACUUUGAAGAAGUGUCAAAUUGCAUAUGUUAUUAUAUACUUAAUUUUGUAUGACUGUUGGGAAUGUAGACACUUCUCUAAAAAAAUUUCCAUUCUAUAAUAUUUGACUUAAAACACGACUUGAAGGUUAAACAAAUUUAUCACAUGUCAUAUAAAGAAAAAAAUAUUCAUUAGAGGUUGCAAUUCUGUAUAUAUAGACAAUGCAAUUUCCCAUAGGAACUCCCUUUACGACUAAAACUGUACCACUUUUACUAUGAAGUUUUGUAUAAAAUUAUGUCCUAGAAUGGAAAGCUUAUAUGCACUAUUAUUUUUUUCAAAGGUCAAAAUAUAGGGCUGUGUUUUUCAACAUUUAUAUGCCCCGAACUUCUAAGAGUUUAAACUUGUACAAAAAUUCUGUACUACCCCUCCCUUCACUUUUGGUCUUCCACAGAUUUCAAUUUGACCGCUAUGCAUGUGUAUAUUUACUGGUCCCAAGUUAUGUCUCUACGAGAUGUAUUUACAAAGUGCAACCUAGAGCAUGUUAUCCAUUUUUCAUGAAAUAGAAGUUCCUUCAUGAUAUAAGUUCCAAGUGGAAGUAAUAUUCUGUUUUAUUAUUUCCACUGAGGCAAAAAUUAUACUAUUUGUUUCUUUAAUUAAAGGUACGAAAUAUUUGUUCUAACAGGAAGAGUAUUAUGGCAUUGUUUAGGCUGAAUAAUUAAACAUUGAUACAUUCGGUGUCAACCUGGAAAUUUAACUCCAGAAUUUUCAGUCAGUACCAUCCUGACUUGUCUUCUUGAAAGUGGUCACAUAAAGCUAGACAUUUACAUAUAUCAUGUACAUUAAGUAUUUUAUAUUUUACAUUUGAAAUGAUACGAGUAAAAAUCCCCUUUAAAAAUCUGCAUAACUGUAAUUUAAUUGCAAGCAAAUCUAUUUCCUAAAGAUCUUUCAUCUAACACAUCUUUUAAUGCUUUGAUUGUCCCAUUUCUAACAGAUAGCUUUAUAUUUUAUAUGUCACAGUGUGGUCCUGAGAAGAAUAUGCUAACAAAAUAUUUACUCGAAAAGGGAAAUAACUCAUUAAAAGCCAACCAAAUAAAAUUAUCUCCCGCCAAAUUUUUUUUUUUUUUAUCAUUUUAGCUUCAAUUAUUUUUAUAUGAUAUAUUGUCUAAAUAUACAGCAAAUACAUAAAGUAAUCCUUCAAUUGCAGUGAAGAGUAGUUAAAUGCAGGGGUUAAAAUAUAAAACCUAGCUUUUGAAAAAUCUGUGUUAAACCAUGCAAUGUGAUCAAUUAUACAUGAUCUUCCAACUUGUUCUUUUUCCCUGAAAAAUUUGACUUCACAACGCAAACAUCUUCAUGUCACAAUGUCCCAUGACUUGUUUUCUCUUAAUGACACUCAGUCAACCGGGGCAGUUAAUUAAUAAAAUCGAAAUUGAAAACUUGUCUAUAAAGAAUAUUAAAAAUUUUACUUGUAUUCAGUAUUUGUUGUGUAUGAUUUUUUAAGCUUUUAAACAGGGUAUAUAUAUAUUUAUCAAUAUAACACAAAUAUUUAAACAUUCCAGCAUUUUAUAUUUUGUUACAUUGAACAGGCUAGAACUGUAAAUUCUGAAAAUUUUGGUUGCAUUCAUUAUUGUAGUUGUUGAUCAAGGGACCAAAAAAAUGUGAUAUUUGUUAUUGCCAUUUCCAGAAAUGUUACUUAUAGAUAAUGCUAUAAAAAAAAUUUAAUGUGAGUUUUAUUUUUGCGAAAUUUGGUCUGUCACAAUUUUUGCAAUAAUAAUAGCAUUGCAAAAAAUCUGAAUGUAUUGCAUCAUAAUUGAAUAAUCUUAAGUCAUGUAUUUAGAUAUGUUAUAUUCAAACAUUCCAUUAUUUUAUAUUGUGUUUUAUUAAACAGGCUGGAACUACUAUUAAAUCUGGUUGUGAAUGAUUGAAAUUAUGUUAUAUGUGGUCAUUAGAUCUACCUUUAUCUGUAUAUGUAUAUAAGUAAUUCUGAUAGACAUAAUUUUACUGGUGUUUUUUCAUACUCCAUUUUUUCAUCAAAUUCAUUUUAUUAUUUGGUAGCUAGUUUAAUUAUGAUAGAAGUGAUUUAGAAUGAUUGAUUGCAUGUUGUUUAACGUCCAGUAGUAAAAAUAUAGCAGACAUAUUUAGGACCAUAUUUUAGAAUAAAUGUAAUUGAGGCAGUUUAGAGCAUUUGCAAUCACAGAGUCUAAAACCUGUUCUACUGAUCCCUUAAGGAGGGGGAUCCAGGUUGGUCGAGGGAAAUUAAAAUUUACACAUUGGAAUGAUUUGAAUCUGCAACACAUUUAUAUUACUUCUCUGCAGUUUUUUUUAAAUAAUUCAUAGUUGCAAUGUUAAAAUUGUUAUUCCCAUGACAUAAAUGGUGCUUAGCUGGCUGAUAUGAAAAAUUUAUCGACUGAUUCCGGCUAAUAUCGCAUGCCUUUUCGUAACAUUAUCGCAUGGCAUUCCAACAUUACUCGGCAAAUGCCGGACAAUACACCUCAAUGGUAGGUUUUCAGUGAAAAAUAUAAAGUAAGGUACAAAACAAAUAUUACGAAACAGGAAAAUAUAUUAUGUAAAAUGCAAAACAAAUGAUACAAUAAAUGUAUUUUUCAAAGUUUCCAGCAUAAUUUAGCAAAUUACUUUACAAAUGUUGACUUUUCCAAACAGUGUUCAUAAUAAGAUCAUGUUUUGUUUAUUUUUUUUUUAUUCGUCAAUAUAAAAAUAUAUUAUACAGUUGUUUUUCUCCUCCGUUGAGGCAUAUGAAUGAAAGAUUUCAUAUGGGAUGUAUUACAUUUGGUGUCCGUCGUCUGUAAACUUUUCACUUUUUGAACUUCUACUUGAGAACCACUUAAAAGGAUCAAUAUACUAAACUGUUAUUUUUCUCCAUUGUUGAAACAUAUGAUAAAAAGAUCAUAACAUGGCAUUUUGCAUAUCAGAUAUAUUAUCAGCCCUCAGUCAAUAUCAGCCCAUCGAGCCUUUGGUUCUUGGGCUGAUAAUACAUCUGAUAUGAAAAAUGCCAUGUAAUAAUCUGAUAAUAUCUCCCUCAGGCACGGGAAAUAAAUGUAUAGUAUUGCAUGCUAGAUUGAUUGUUCUUAAUUCCAACUCAGCACAAAAUGACAGGAUCAUGGUUUGCUGGACAACAUUUUUCUAUUCUUUCAUCUUAUUUGCAUUUAUAUUUCUGCUUAAUGAGAUUAUAAUUAUGAAUUGAAGAAAAUCUUUGGAAUAACUUACAUAGUUAAUUGUGAAAAAUUAAUUAUUAUCUGUACGUGUAUUGGGAAAUCAUUUGAAAUUGUUUUAUUUACAUAUUUUAUUAUGUACAUGUAUGUGAAAUGAUAGCUUUAACACUAUAUAUUUGCUUUAAAUUAACAUUCCAAUCGUAUUAAAUGAUAAGCAUUUGUAUGUAUUUAUUUAGUCAGUAGGAAGCAUCCAUUAGAAUAUUUAUAUUUAUGAUUGUUUAUGUGAAUUAAAAAUGAAUUCUAAAUCUUCCUUA